GAGAGGGACAAUAGUCAAAAGGCUUAGUGACAGGCUUUGGCUCUCUGUCACCUUCACUACACUAGACUCAUUAGCCAACUGUUGGGCCAUCGAAGGCCCCCUGGCAAGUGCCACGCUAAUGAACCCUCUUAUUCAGCAGAGGGAUUUUUUACACCUAUUUGUGAAGAUCCCUAAAAAUGAAGAAAAUGCUUGAAUCCAUCUGUGUAACUGAAGAACUUCAUUGGCCUAAAGAAGAAUUUUCAAGAAAAUCAGUCUUAAAUGUGGAAGGGAAGAAGGUCCUAGUCACUGGCCAUAAUGUGCAAGAAAUGUCCGUAGGAAUCCUAAGAGAUACCUUUAGAACUGGCACCAGCAGCUAUAAUGUCCUGCUUCAAAGCAAAGAGGAAGAGAAGAAGCCAAGCUCUCAAAAGAAUUCACAUUUGUGUAAAAACAAAAAACGCAAGAGGUCUAACAAGGCUUCUAGCACACCUCGUGGUAAGGAACAUAACAAAGGCAGGACUCCUUCGUCAAAAAGUGGAUCGUUGUGUUCCAAAAGGAACAUAUCCGUUUCUACCUUAGCUGCAAGACCCACCAACUCUAAAUGCUCACAGAACAUCUCAGUGUCAGGGAACAGUAUCGGUAUCACACAAAGACCUAAGACCAAAGCAAGGAGGAAACAUUAUACAACCAGCCUAAUUAAGGGCAAAGAAACACAGGUCUCAGUAUCUCCAGGCAAAGAAGAAAUCUCGGCCAAGAAAUGUUGUAUAUUGAAUGCCAUAAAGCCGUCAAAUGUCGAAAAAGAGAAGAUCAGGUUCUUCAAGUCAGAGUUUACAUACAAUCCUCAGUUUGAAUAUUCCAAUCCUGCUUUGCCGCACGUGUUAGCCAAACAUAGCCAUGCAUCCGACAGAUUUCUGCAACAGGCCAUCAACAUCAUGCGGCGGGCUCUUGAGAAAUAUGGGAAUUAUGAAAAGUUUGAGCAAGCUACAGGAGGCAGUCUUCUCCCAAAGUGUCGUAUCUCGCAGCAGGCACGGAAAUACAUGGAGAAAGAAGGUUGUCUAGGGGAAAUUGUCGUUUUCCUCACUGAUGAUUUACUUUCAAGAGCCUCAAUGACAGUUGUGAAUGGACGUCCGACACUCACAAUCAACACCUCCACAGCACGAGAACAAUGGCUGGAAGGGAUGCUUAGACACGAAAUAGGCACCCAUUAUUGUCGAGGAAUGAACAACAUUCAGCAACCAUGGAGCAAUCUCAACGGUCGUAAAAAAUAUGGGUUGAAACCAGUGAACCCAACAGAAGAAGGACUUGCAAGCAUCCACAGUGUUUUAUUUCGCAAGGACCCCUAUUUGUGGAGAGCUGCUCUUCUUUACUAUACUGUCUACCAGGCCAGUCGAAUGUCCUUCAGUGAACUCUUCCGUGAUGUGGGCAAAUUUGUUAAGGACCCAAACACCAGAUGGGAUUAUUGUGUACGGGCUAAGAGGGGCUGCAGUGAUACAUCUCAGCCAGGUUGCUUCAGUAAAGAUCAGGUGUACUUGGAUGGAAUCCUUCAAAUUCUGAGGCACAGGCACACUAUAGAUUUCCACCUUUUAAUAUCAAUGGGAAAGAUCUCUUAUGAGGACAUUGAACGUCUAAAAGACUUUGCAGUUCUUGACAAUGCCAGGAUUCCACAAUUCCUCCAAGACAAGAGUCGCUACAUGGAGUGUCUCGAGAGGAUUAUGGAGGUCAACGAACUUAGUGAUUCGGUACUAAUCAAGCUCAUUGGCUGAGCCUCAGCAAGUUACCUAGAACAGACAGUCUGAUUGCUAUAGCUUCUUAUCAUACCUGUGGAUGACCUUGUACGACCUUGUACCACACGAGUGAGUCAAAAAAGUUCAAUGUUUAACUGACCACAGACAUACAGCCUGAGCCUGAUUUUCGUUGUUACUUUUUGAAAAACUUUGUACAAGUCCUUUGUACAUGUGAGUGUUAUUAUAUAUACUAUAGGAAAGGAACCCAACUUUCCAAAUUAUGUAAAAUAGAUCAAAUAUGCCUACAAAUCUCUGCAUUAUUUAUCAUUGUUCUUUGUAGGAAU